AAAAGAAACAUUUUUCCCAAUUUCAUCUUCCCCGUCUUCCAAAUGCCAUUUUUUCUUUCCCCUCAUCGUGAUUUAUCGCCAUUUCCCUCUGAAAUUCUUCGCUGCCAAGCCCUAGAUACCUCUCAUCUCUGAUCUCUCUUUCUGCGCAGAUUGGUGGAAAAUGCAGUGGUACAUGGUCGCUUUGCUUCUUACUGUACUUACCAGUUCUCAGGGAAUUUUAACUACGUUAUCUCAAAGAAAUGGUAGAUACGAGUAUGACUAUGCGACCGUCCCCUUUCUUGCAGAAGUUUUUAAGCUUUUAGUUUCAGGUAUGUUUCUCUGGAAGGAGAGCCAGAAAUCACCUCCUCCAAAAAUGACAACAGAUUGGAGGAGUGUUCGUUUGUAUCCGAUACCUUCAAUUAUAUACCUGAUCCACAACAAUGUUCAAUUUGCUACUUUGACGUAUGUAGAUACAUCCACAUACCAGAUAAUGGGCAAUUUGAAGAUUGUCACAACUGGAAUUUUGUUCAGGCUAUUCCUAAGGAGGAAACUAUCCAACUUGCAGUGGAUGGCUAUUAUUCUGUUGGCAGUCGGGACGACCAUGAGCCAGGUUAAAGGAUGUGGAGAGGCUUCAUGUGAAUCUCUUCUCUCAUCACCUAUUCAAGGAUACAUGUUAGGGAUUCUUUCUGCCUGCCUUUCAGCAUUAGCUGGCAUUUAUACAGAAUUCUUGAUGAAGAAAAAUAACGAUACUUUAUACUGGCAGAAUGUUCAGUUAUACACGUUUGGGGCAAUUUUCAAUAUGGCACGCCUUGUUGUAGACGAUUUUAGGGGUGGAUUUGAGAAGGGUCCAUGGUGGCAGCGUCUCUUCAAUGGAUACAGUAUUACUACCUGGAUGGUGGUUAUUAAUCUUGGGUCCACUGGGCUUUUGGUUUCAUGGCUGAUGAAAUAUGCUGAUAAUAUUGUUAAGGUGUACUCUACUUCAAUGGCAAUGCUUCUCACCACCGUCCUAUCUGUGCAUCUGUUUAACUUCAGACCGACACUGCAGCUUUUCCUGGGCAUUAUUGUGUGCAUGAUGUCUCUGCACAUGUAUUUUGCUCCUCCUCAGAUGCUUGUGGAUUUGCCUCCAGUUGUAAAAUCAGACCCAGAGAGUCUGGCGGAGGUUUCCAGUGAUCGUAGAACAGAUUCUUGAUAUGUACCAUUUUCUUUCUUUCUUUUUCUUUUUCUCUUUCCCCUUUUUUUCCCUUCUAAAAUUUCGAAGCACAAAUCAUUUGGUGGGUCUGUAUUGUUAAAAGACCACCAUGAAAGCUAUGAACAACUGAACUUGCCUGUUAUAGAGCAAGUAAUAUAAGAUGUGUAGGGCCUAGAAUUUCACACUGUAGACCUGUUUGUUUUUGUUAAUGCCAUUGUAAAAGGAUGGUCCAAUAUUCAUUUUA